AUGCAAAUAUUCACUCUUUUGACAUCGCUGGCUGCGGCACUCUCAGUUCAAACUCGACACCAUAACGGAGCGGCGGCAGCUCAUGAGUUGCUGGACAGAGCCGAACAUUACGAACAUACCGCCCACCGGCACGAUGGCCUGAUUCCCCGUCAAACAGGUCCCCUGGAUCCCACUGUAACACCUCCGCCGUCUUUCAACUCGACGGGCCCAAGCACAUUUUUAACCCAUUUCUUCACCAAUUCCACGACGACGCACCGCAAUACGACGUCAUCCAGAUCAUCUUCAACGUCUUCAAGUUCGAAGAGCUCGAGCAAGAAAUCUUCAAGUUCUAGCAAGACUUCAAGCAGAAGCUCAACGUCAUCCGGCUCUAGCACGGCCUCUUCGUCCAGCGGCAGCAGCUCUCGUGAGUCUUCGUCUUCGGGAUUCCAGACAAGCAGCACUCAAGGCUCCUCCUCCUUUACGUCUAGCUUCAGCUCCAGGGCACCUCCAUCGUCGACACUAACUCCUGGCGCAUCUUCAACUGGCACUGGAGUUUUCACCACUUCGGGACGUACUUCGGCAGGAACAUCAUCCAACUCAGUAUCUAGCACAGGUUCAAAUCCCACUGAAUCGAGUGCCAGAAGUACUUGGAGCAGAAGGGAAUCUACGCAAACAUCUGUCUCGUCAGAAACCUUCUCCCUGACGAUAUCUUCAGGUGUAUCAUGGUCUACGAGCUACACAACAGCUACUUACACCACCGUGGACGCUAAUGGAAACCCAUAUGUCCCCGUGGCCCCAAUUGCUAUUCCCGUGAUUGGCGGUGUGCCCGUUGUUCCUCCCGUUGGUGGCGGCGAUGGAAGGGGAGGGGGAGCAGGAGGUGCGGAGUCGACGACCACCACGACAAGCUCUAUUCCUAGCUCUAGCUCUAGUCCGCCAACGCCAACUAGCUCGAUAGCAGCAAGCAUCUCUUCGAGCUCGAUCCCGCCAAUCAUAUCAGCUAUUGAGUCAUCUUCAGGUUCAUCGAUCGUGGAGGUCAUAACGGCAACAUCUCCUGAGACCACAAUUGAAGUCAUCGAGACUGCCACGUCCGCUGAGCCGGCUUCAACUAGUGCUGCGGCAUCCCCAGUUCCGUGUUAUAACUACGACUGGAAAUCAUACGGGUGGUGCUGCCCCGGUCCAGACUCUCCUUGUCAGAACGACCUGGGCACCUGUUACUUCGAUGGUACAGGAGCUACUGAUGUAUUGCCAAAUACGGCUGGUUGUCCACCUGGAGAGGGGGCAAGGAGUUGA